GUGAUUGUGGAAAGCCGGCAUUCAAUGACACUGGCCGAUGCUAUCUACCUAUAACCGACCCCUCCCUAGACCCCUGCUAAGGUUUUAGGCUAGGCCUGGGGGGGAAGGAUAUCAAAAUCAACCAGGAUUAAAGUGUUGGGUUUUGUGGAAAUUUGGUCUGCCCAAUAUAAGUAGCCGCAUAGCUUUCGGGCCAAUUCGGCAGUAGGCUCUAAGACCUUUGGGUUGUUCGAAGUUUAAUGUCUAGCGUAAAUGCCGCCGGCCCACGACAACCUUUUUCCUUGUUUACAUCAUCGAACACUCGCUGAUUCUUUUAAUGUUUUAAGUUUUGGAUUUUCUGCUUUUAGAGCUGGGUAGUAACUCGGAAGUCAGGAUCAAAGAACUCAGAGAAAGAACAGAAAGAAAGUCAUCGGAGUGUAAAUGGAGUCACCAUUCAAAGCAGAUAUAGUAAAAGGCAAAGUAGCUUUGCUGACAGGAGGCGGCUCAGGAAUUGGAUACGAGAUUUCAUUGCAACUUGGGAAACAUGGCGCCUCUAUUGCGAUCAUGGGGCGACGCAAACAUGUUAUUGACUCUGCUGUUGCUGCUCUUCAUUCCCAAGGCAUCCCUGCUAUUGGGCUUGAGGGAGAUGUUAGAAAAGAGGAUGAUGCAGCUAGAGUUGUGGAAUCAACUUUUAAGCAUUUUGGCAGGCUUGACAUCCUUGUGAAUGCUGCAGCUGGAAAUUUCCUUGUGCCUGCCGAGUAUUUAUCUCCCAAAGGCUUUCAAACAGUAAUUGAUAUAGAUACUGUUGGCACUUUUGGAAUGUGCCAUAAGGCACUUAAGUAUCUUAAGAAAGGGGGACCCGGGAAGGACCCAUCCACUGGUGGAGCAAUAAUAAACAUAAGUGCAAUGUUGCAUUAUGGAGCAACAUGGUACCAAAUUCAUGCGUCUGCUGCCAAGGCAGCUAUUGAUAGCAUUACCAGAAGCUUGGCGUUGGAGUGGGGGACAGAUCAUGACAUUCGAGUCAAUGGGAUUGCACCAGGGGCUAUCGAUGACACUGCCGGUGUCACUAAACUUGCACCUGAGGAGAUGCUGAGCAAGAUUAAAGAGAAACCAUUGUACAAAUUUGGUGAGAAAUGGGAUAUUGCUAUGGCGGCUCUCUAUCUUGCAUCUGAUGCAGGAAAAUUCGUCAAUGGAACGGUUUUGGUGGUUGAUGGAGGACAAUGGCUGAGCACACCCCGUUUGCUCUCCAAAGAUGCUGUGAAACAACUGUCUAGAAGAGAGGAGAUAAGGUCAAGGGCUGUACCAACUGGUUUACCAAAGAGCAAGUUGUGAUAAAUCUAUAUGAUGUUUUGGUGGCCGAAGCCAUUGAUUCUAUUCUGGUUGGCUAGCUUAAAGUCGCUAUGAAUAUUGGUUGAAACUUUAUUAAGCAUCUACUUUAAGAAUCUGCCUUUAUCCCCAUCACGAUGAACACCUCUUUAUUUUUUUCA